AUGUUGAACAGCAAAAUGUUAUCUCAUUUAAAAAUUGGAUUUUUUGGUGCCGGUCGAAUGUGCCAAGCACUUGCUCGAAGUCUCAUCGAAAAUAAUAUUGUUUCGUCAAAAGAUAAAAUAAUUGCAAGUGAUGUUGAUGAAAAUCAACGAAAAAUAGUGACUUCUCAAUUAGGUAUUGUCACAACAGGUGAUAAUCGAGAAGUAGUAAGCGAAAGUAAUCUACUUAUCUUAGCUGUUAAACCAAAAGAUGUUGAGACAGUCUUAAAAGAUAUUCAAGAUCCAUUUCUUCCACAUUAUCAUCUACUUGUUUCAAUUGCAGCUGGCAUACGGACAACAACCAUUGAAAAAUUUCUUAAACCGAAAAGUCGAGUACUUCGUGUUAUGCCCAAUCUAGCCUGUUUAGUCAACUCCAGCUGUAGUGUUUAUUCAUCUGGACAGUAUGCUACUGAUGAUGAUCGAUCAAUAGUAAAUACGAUUUUCUCAUCUGUAGGUUCAUGUGAAGGUGAAAUUGAUGAAUGUCUACUCAAUGUAGUCACUGCUUUAAGUGGUAGUGGACCUGCUUAUUUCUCUAUUAUGGUUGAUGCACUUGCCGAUGGUGCAGUUAAAGCAGGUUUAAGUCGAUCAAUGGCACUGAACUUGGCUGUAAGAACAAUGAUGGGUACAGCAAAAAUUUUACUUGAUAAAAACUUAGGAUUUCAUCCAAGUCAAUUGAAAGAUGCAGUAGCUAGUCCUGGAGGAACAACUAUUUAUGGACUUGAGAUGAUAGAAAAAGCUGGCAUUCGAGCAGCUUUAAUGGAAACAGUGACGGCAGCAACGGAUCGAGCUGCUCAAUUAGAAUUAUAG